AUGACGGUUGGUGAGGUCGGCAAAAAUCUGCCCUGGGUCGAAAAGUAUCGUCCAUCUAAAUUAGAAGAUUUAGUAUCUCAUGAUGAUAUAGUAAAGACUAUCAAUCAGUUUAUGAAGGAGAAUCAGUUGCCCCAUUUGCUGUUCUAUGGUCCACCAGGUACUGGAAAAACAUCUACUAUAUUAGCUUGUGCCAAACAAAUGUAUACUCCACAACAAUUCAAUUCUAUGGUUCUAGAAUUGAAUGCAUCAGAUGAUAGAGGUAUAGGUAUUGUGAGAGGUCAAAUCCUAAGUUUUGCUUCAACAAGAACAAUAUUUAAGGCUGGCCCUAAAUUAAUCAUCCUCGAUGAAGCUGAUGCCAUGACUAACGAUGCACAGAAUGCUUUAAGAAGAAUAAUAGAGAAGUACACAGAGAACGUUCGUUUCUGUAUAAUAUGUAACUACCUCGGGAAGAUCAUUCCCGCGCUCCAGUCUCGCUGCACGCGUUUCCGGUUCGCUCCUCUCCAUCAGAACCAAAUCAUACCAAGACUUAAAGAUAUCGCGGAAAAGGAAAAAGUAACAAUAACAGAGGACGGUGUUAAGGCCCUGCUCACACUGUCGGGCGGUGACAUGCGUAAGGUUCUGAACACACUACAGAGCACGUGGCUCGCGUACAAACAUGUCAACGAAGACAACGUCUACACCUGUGUGGGACACCCUUUACGAUCAGACAUCAACUACAUACUGAACUGUCUACUCAAUGAAAAUGAUUUUGCUGUAUGCUUCAAACAAAUACAAGAUCUCAAAAUAUCUAAGGGCCUGGCGUUAGGAGACAUCUUGACAGAAAUACAUACAAUCAUACAUAGAGUAAAAUUCCCGCCGGAUGUCCUAAUAACGCUUCUAAUUAAGAUGGCGGACUCGGAGGCGCGUCUAGCGAGCGGGUGUAACGAACGAAUUGAAUUGGCAGCUUUAAUAUCCGCCUUCCAGCUUUGUAAGGAAAAAAUAAAUGUGAACGAAUUGGCAUGUUAA